GCUCGCCGCGCCCGCCUGGUGUCGGAGGACGGCCGCCAGCAUUUUCGCUUCGACCGCGCCAGCGGCCGCCUCGUCGUGGCCGACAGGCUGGACCGGGAGCAGCUGUGCGGCCAGGCCGACACCUGCACGCUCCCCUUCGAGCUGCUGCUGGCCGACCCGCUGCAGUUCUUUCGGGUCGAGGUCACCCUCGAGGACGUUAAUGACCACUCUCCCGUUUUCCCCGAGGAAAGAGUGUCUUUUGACAUUCCCGAAACGAGCGACCCGGGCUCUCUUUUCCCUCAGGAGGUUGCUCGGGACCUUGAUGUUGGCAGCAACAGUGUACAGGCAUACAGCAUCUCUCCUGAGAACGAGUACUUUAGCAUCUCCUAUGGGAGUCGGAGUAAUGGGGACAAAUUUGUUGAACUUUUUUUGGAAAAGGCCCUAGACAGAGAGGAGCAGGCAGAAAUGGAUUUCAGUGUGAUUGCUGUGGAUGGGGGCUCUCCACCCAGGAGUGGGACCACCCAAAUUCACAUUACAGUUCUGGAUGUCAAUGACAACUCUCCAGUCUUCACACAGGAUCGGUACACUGUGCAGGUUUUGGAAAAUGCAUCGGAGGGUUCUGUUGUAUUGACCGUGCUGGCAACUGAUAAGGAUGUGGGAGUUAAUGGAGAAAUCUCCUAUCAGUUCAGUCACGCAGUGAGCCAGAGUGACUCAGCGUUUGAUAUUGAUCCCAGGAGUGGUGAAAUUAAACUCAGAAAGCCCCUAGACUUUGAGGUAGCAGGGACCCACGAACUCAGCGUGAGAGCCAGAGAUGGUGGGGGGCUCUCGGCAAUCUGCAAGGUGGUGGUGGAGGUGUUGGAUGUGAACGACAAUGCACCCGAGCUGGUGGUCAGUUCCUUCAGCAGUCCCCUCCCUGAGAACUCAGCGCCCGGCACGGUGGUUGCCCUCUUUACUGUCAGGGACCGGGAUGCCGGUGCCAACGGCAAGGUGUCCUGUGCCCUCGACGAUCAGCUCUUCUUCUCCCUGCGGCCAGCCUAUAAGAAUUACUACGAGCUGGUGACUGUGAGGGCGCUGGACCGGGAGGACACGGCUCAGCACAUCCUCACUGUGACAGCAGCAGACGCGGGGUCCCCUCCUCUCACAAGCACCCACACCUUCACCGUGGACAUCUCGGAUGUCAACGACAAUGCCCCCGUCUUCAACCAGACAUCCUACACCAUGUACGUGCGCGAGAACAAUGCACCCUCUGUGCUGGUGGGAGCCGUGAGCGCGGCAGAUGCCGACGUGGGGCUGAAUGCCAAGGUGACCUAUUCCCUGUCAGCAGGGCAAGCGGCGGAGCGGCCUUGGUGCUCGUGCGUGUCUGUGAACUCGGAGAGCGGGCAGGUGUUUGUGCUGAGAGCCCUGGACUACGAGCAGCUGAGGCAGAGCGAGGUGGACUUCUCCGACCUGCGCCAACCGCACCCCAGCCCGGCCGCCGACGACGACGCCGGCUCCCUCACCACCUAUUUAAUCAUCUCCUUGGUCUUCGUCUCCCUGCUCUUCCUCGUCUCCACUGCAGCCUUCGUGGCUCGCAGGCUGUGCCAGAGAAAGCAGCUGAAGGCUGGCCACGUGCUUUCCGGGGCCGACAACCUGCCGAGCGGCCUGGCCGAUGCAGCUGCUGCGGGCACCCUGCCCCGCCCCUACUGCUACGAGAUCAGCCUCACCACGGGCUCGGGCAACAGCGAGUUCAGGUUCCUCAAGCCCUUCGUCCCCAGCCUGCCACCACAGCCCUGUGUCAUGGGCGGGGGCACCGGUGAGGAACAGGUUUUCCCUUGUGUCCCUGUCCCCACAGAGGACGUGACCCCAGAGAAUGCUGGGCCUGUGUCUGCAGAACAGUUCAAUCGUCUUUCGUUUAACUAG